AUGUCCCGAGGGAUCCAGUCAGUAACCGCCUUGGUCCAACGGUCGCCAUUACAUCGCGUGGCGUGUCAGCCUCAUCUGAUUUUCGAUUUCUUGGCGUUAUCAACGGCAUCCCUAACCUUCGUUCGAUGACGGAAAUUGAAACAUCGGAUUCCCUUCUGCACUUGGGUGUAUAGGGAAGUUUCGAGCAACGACUGUUCAAAAAAGCGCAAAAAAAGGCAUCAGGAACCAUUCCAUCUCUCAUUGACACCGUCUUCGUUAGGUUCACUUGUGAGCCGAUCUUUCACCGGCACUGUCGAAUAUGGCCAGCAUUUGUUUCGAAUGCUCGAUGUUCGGUAUUCUAAGCACGAUGAGCUCUGCAAAGGAGAUGGUGUGUGUAGCGGCCGACGACCUUCACCCCAUGCCUUCCCAUUCCAUAUGACGCAUGAUGUUUCCCAGCUCGGCGGACGACUCGUGAUCCGUUCGUUUUAGGCUCGUCGUAAUAACGAAUGUCGAGAGUACGGUGAGGAUUAUUUGCAGAACGACAAUUGAAAGUAGUCAGGAAGCGCAUACCGAGAGACCUCCCUUUCUCCUCAACUCUGCAAAACGCCUUGAGAUCUCCUGUUUUCAUUCGUAUACUCGAUCCUUUAUAAAUUAUUUCUCCUAAAACGUCAGAAUAUUCGAUUUCCACUGAAGGCAUUGACGAUGAAGCCGACAUCACUGCUCUCAACAAUGACUUCAAUCCGGAAACAGCAUUUCUGCAGUACAACCGGAACAAUGUUCGUCCCAAUGGAACUUCAGUUGAUUCAAAUGACUUCUGAAAACAUUCUCAUAAAAAACUCAUUUGCUGUUUCUCUCGGAAUAAUGAGAACUCAUUGGAUUGACUCCACUGGGUGCUAUAAUAGACUAGGUGUACUGCUUGAAAACAAUACCGUGUCACAUAGAGAGAACCAGUUCUAG